UGUGGCGUUGUCAACGUCUAACAUGACAUUAGGAUGACGGUCUAAACUCUCAGUAAAGUCGAAAAAUGUCGACAGUCUUUCUCCACGUUGGUCAGUGUGGAAAUCAAGUUGGUCAUGCCUUCUGGAAAAAGGUCGACAAAGAUCACAUCGUCAAGGAGAGCCGUUCCUUUGUACAAUCUGAUGACAAGCAAAGGUCUAUUCAUGUUGACAGUGAACCAAAAGUUCUACGAAAGAUAUCCAAGGGCUUGAAAAUUAGAGAGGGAAAUAUUGUUUGUGGAAAACGAGGGAGAGGCACUAACUGGGCUUUAGGUUACUAUGGCAACCAGAGAGAGCAGCAUCUUUUGGAGGAUAGCCUUGAAAGAGUCAGAAUGGAGGUUGAGAAGUGUGAUAACUAUGGAGGCUGUAUCAUGAUGCACAGCUUGAGUGGUGGAACAGGGUCUGGUUUAGGGUCACGCUUGUGUGAGGAGAUGAGGGACCAGUAUCCCCUAGCUCAUCUAAUGUCUUGUGCAUUUACUCCCUUACUAUCUGGGGAAAGUCCACUUCAGCAUUACAACUCACUGCUGACUUUGUCCAAGCUACAGAGGAACUCAGAUUGUGUGAUCCUGAUACACAAUGAUGAUGUACUUCAGAACUUGGAGAAAAAGGCCAAAGGUAGUGUGUCAUUUGAUAACAUGAACAACAGUAUUGCUGCUUCACUGUGUGGACUGCUGCUGCCAACAGACUCCCUCACACCUAACAGAGGUGUCAGUAUUGGUAUGGAGCCCUGGGAACUGAUUCGAUCAACAUGUCCGAUGCCUGGACACAAGUUUCUCCACGUCAAUCAUCUCUCCAGGAGUAAAGUGACAUGGGAGGCUAUGAUGAGUCAACUAUUACUAGGAGUUCGCAGAUACAACACACAAGGUGGCACUUUGGGUAGUCUCAGUAAUGUGGUGGUUGCCCGCGGUGACAGUGGAAAAACCUUCCUGUACACAAUGAAGUCACUAGAGAAAAAGGUCAAGGCUGUUUACAACUGUGUUUCUUGGAACCCUUUCCCCUUGGAUGUCUGGACAGCUACUGCUAAUCCUGGUGGACUUAAGGAUGCAUCGUCCAUCACUAUCGCUUCCAAUCACGGCACUAUUGUUGAUUAUCUGGAGACUCUGAUUCAAAGGUCAAAGGUCAUGUAUGAUGCCACAGCUUACAUUCACUGGUAUAAACGUUAUGGAUCAGGGGAGGAUGAUUUUGAAGCAGCUUUUGAAACAAUGCGUGAAGUGGUUGACGAUUAUAAAGAUGCUCUGAAGUGAUCAUUCACAACCCUCUGUGAUGUAGGAAAUGACAAACAGCCUCUCAGGCAGUUCAACCAGGAACUGAGCAAGCGCUGGGCCUGAGCUCUUCAGUCGGACUUCUGAUUGUAUCUUCACGACUCUGCAGAAAAAUAAACCAAUUAUGGAGUCGGUAGUACAUGUAGAUAUGGAUAAUAUUCAGUACACAGAAAAAGACCUAUGUUUGGAUUAUUCCACCUAUUAGACGUCAAAAGGUCACAUGUAUCUGGACAG